AUGUCAGAAACUGAGUUGGAAAAGAAAAAGGCAAGAACCACUGAUCGUUUUGAAAAUGAUAAAAGUAACAUUUCUUGGCUAAAGGAAGGACUAGCUAGUUCAAUAUUAUCUAAAAAUGCCCUUGGAGAUCCAGGUAUGCCACUCACAAAUGGAAAGCAUGCAGAUGAGAAACCCAUUAAUGCUAUCGUUAUAAAUUCAGUAUCCGAAUUCAAUAUCACAGAUGGACCAGCCAAGGAAACCCCCAGUGAGAAAAAACUGUCAGAAUCCAGCACAUCACUGUCCUCCCUUGAAGAAUGCCAAACGAAAUUUUCCUACCUCCAAACUGAUACUUCAGUUCAUCAGAGAGACACUGAUGAUGAGUGUGCUUCCCUCAUUCUCACCUGCCUAUUUUGCCAGUUUUGGGACUGUCUCCUGAUGCUGCCUGAUAUAUGUGAAACAAUGUGCACCAACCUAUGCUGCCCCUCUCACAGGUAUCACCACACCUCCAGUGAGAGUCAUUCUCGGAAUGACUGCAACUGCAACUGUGACAUGGACUGCAGCCUCUUUGAGUCUUGCCAUGAGACGAGUGAGUGCCUCGAGUUAGCCAUGGAGAUUUCUGAAAUCUGUUACCGCUAG